AUGCCUCGCAUUUAUAAACCUAAACCAGGGUGUAAGCAGUACAAAAAGUAUGAUGAGGAAAUAAUUAAAAAAGCUCUUGAAGAAUUGAAUUAUAAUCAUGUGAAAUCUAUAAAAUCUGUGGCCGACAAGUAUGGUAUAUCAAAAUCAACUCUUCAUCGCCAUCAUACCAAUAAAAAUAUAAAAUGCCCUGGUGGCCAAACAGCGCUUACACCAGAUAUAGAAGAUCUAUUGGUAGAAAACUUAAAUACGUGUGCAGAGUGGGGAUAUCCCCUAGAUACAACUGACUUAAGAUACUUAGUCAAAAUGUAUCUAGACACACAAGGGAUAGUACACAAAAAGUUUAAAAAUAAUUUACCAGGAAUAGACUACACAAACGGUUUUCUAAAACGGCACAAAAAUAAAAUUUCAAAGAGACUAUGCCAAAACAUAAAAAGAUCUAGGGCUGCAGUUUCACCAGAAUCUAUACAGACAUACUUCUGUGAGUUGAAAAAAUCCUUAGAAAAUGUUCCAGCUACAAAUAUUAUAAAUUAUGACGAGACGAAUCUCUCUGACGAUCCUGGCCGAAAAAAAGUAAUUGUAAAACGAGGUUGUAAAUACCCGGAAAGGGUAGUAAACCAUUCAAAAGGCUCAACAUCUUUGAUGAUGGCAUGUACAGGCUCAGGAGAACUAUUGCCACCGUACAUUGUUUAUAAGGCUUCACACCUUUAUAACACAUGGGUUGAGAAUGGCCCUGAGGGUGCAAGGUACAAUCGGUCUAAAUCCGGAUGGUUUGACGGUGACAUUUUCAAAGACUGGAUCGAAACCACAGUCGUAUCUUUUUUUGAAAACAAAGAAGGAAAAAAGAUCCUGAUCGGAGACAACUUGUCUUCGCAUCUUUCCGUGGAUCUGAUUAAAUUCUGUAAAGAAAGGAACAUACAUUUUGUCUUUUUACCGGCGAAUUCUACGCAUAUAACCCAGCCGUUAGACUUAGCCUUUUUUAGGCCGAUGAAAUUAGCCUGGCGACAACUACUAGACAAGUGGAAGAACACUGACGGCAGAAUGUUAACAUCAGAGCCUAAAGGUUGUUUCCCGCGUCUUUUAAAAUUAUUGAUAGACCAAUUAAAACCCAAUUCGGAAAAAAACAUCAAAGCUGGCUUCCGUAAAGCAGGAAUCAUUCCAUUAAAUGCGAAUGAAGUCUUGUCAAGAUUACCUACACUAAAUCAAGAAGCAGAUACAAAUAAAAAUGCGGUAGAUGAAUCUUUCCUGAAAAUUUUAAAAGAAAUGCGUUUCAGUACAAUGAAAAUUAGGGAACCAAAAUGUAAGAAAAAGUUAGAGGUAGUUUCAGGGCGAAGUGUUUGUGGAAAUGAUGUAGAAAUGAUGCCCGAAGAAGAAAUACCAAAAAUUUGGAAAUUCGGUGGUUAUAAAGGAAAAGGAAAAGGAAAAAAGAGUAAAACACCAACACAAUCUCAAGAAGUUACCAACAGGAAUGUGCCUGACGAACCUAACGAUAGAAAAGAGCACCAAAGAGCAACAAAAACCUUUAAUUUGUUAUGUCUAAAAACAAAUCAGCAAGUAGACGAUGAGAGAUGGGAUGGGAAAGAAAAUGUUAUGCCAAUAUUACCGGAAGCUGGACCAUCAAGAGAUGUCAUUGGCCAAUAUGUAAAAAAUACGGAUGAGAGUGAUAAAUCUGUUGUAUUCCAAAACAUUCUUAGAGAAAAAGACUCAGGGUCAUUUAACGUAGAAGAUAUGCCUAUUGUUUUUGCUGACUCAUUAGAUUUACAAUAUCAAGACGAAGUGACUAUCUCAAGCUCAGACUUUUUAAAGCAAGAAGAGAUAAAGAAGGAUACUAAAAAGAAAAAAGAAAUAAAAAUCAUAUCAGAUAUUAAAUUACCAUUGCCACCCCCUAAGAAGAAAAAAAGAUGUCUAACAAAUUAUUAUAAAAAUGAAAGUGAAAUUUUGAAAAUUUUAGAAGAUGACGAAUAA